CACAACUUGAUAAUUGUGUCCAUUCUUAAGCAACACCGGCCAUAUUUACCAUACAUUCAUGAGAAAUUAGCAGGAAAGCUGACCAUUGAGUCUACAGAAGUUAAUUCCCCCUUACUGUUUUUGUAGUGUUUCUAUGGGAGUUUUUGUCCUGAUGUUGGACCUCAUAGAGUUUAUCCAUAAACUGGUUAGAAAGUAUUGUAUAUUCUUUCAUAAGAAAAUGUUUUGAAUUAAAAAUAUGUUGUAUCUGAGGGAAGGUCUCUGUUCAUUACCUCUUUAUUGUUCUCUACAUAAAUUUGUCACAAAGUUUGAAUGGCAUUGUUCAGUCAGGUUCUUUAAUACUAAAUGUGUCCAAGCCUGCCUCUUAUGGAUCUUGCUUUGCGCAACUACAUAUUGGAAACAAAAAGAAAAAUAAAGGUCUUGUUCUCAAAAUGUUCCCAAAUUGCUGCAUGGUUGAACUUCAGGUCACCAGGGUUUCCCCUAGGAUUUUUUGAAGAGUCGGACCGCCUCACCAUGUCGUGCCACGUCAAAAUUGCGUCAUAGCAUGACAAAUUAAUUUUUUAUUCACAUUUUGUUUCCCAAGAAGAACCAUAUCAAAUAUCUAUUUGAAAUAUUUCACUAGCCAGGCUAAUGUCAUAGCUCUAAGCUACGGUACAUGUACGUAAAAUGCGUAGCUGAUUACAGCUACAUACGUAAUAAUAUGACUUUUUUUUCUCGUUGCAAUAGUACGACUUAGAUCUCGUAGUCCUUCUUUUUCCUUUUAUUUGGCCCUAAUAUGUAAUACAUUAUUAACACAACAAUAAUAGUCCUUCUGUUAAUGGACCAAUGGCGUAGGUCUGCAUAGGGACAUUAGAGACAUAACACUAGGAACUUUUCAGGAUGCUCAAAUUGUCCCCACCAACUUUUAAGCAACCUUAUUUGCAUUAUAUAGUGAGUUCAGUUAUAGAGGUCAUUUAGAUUGUCUUCACAUAUUUUGCAAGGAUAUAAUUUACCCUACCAUCAUUAAGUGAAUUACAGUACUUUUAUUAUGUUCAGACUUACACUGACACCAGUUUUUUCCCUCAAACACAUGUUUGAUUGGCUGAUGACUGGUUAAAUUCCCUUGUUUUCAGUGUAAAUCUACUAGAAAUACGUUAAAUGAUCUGUCAGUGCUUCAAGUAAAAUUUACCGUAUUUUUUGGACGAUAAGUCACAGUUUUUUUCAUAGUUUGGCUAGGGGUGCAACUAAUACUCAUGAGCGACUUAUGUGUGAAAUUAUGUACACAUUAUGAUAUCAUUUCACAUGUUAUUUUGGUGUUUUGCAGUGACACUGAUGGUUUGGUAAACUUGUUAGCAUGUUCUUUAUGCUGUAGUUAUCUGAAUAACUAAUAGCUAUGGCCACGUUCGCGUUCUGCCUUUGGCAAUGUGUUUUCAAUUGUAUUAUUGACUUUUUUAUAUUGAAAUGCAUGCUUUUAGUUUGUGGCGCUUUCACGCCCGCGUGGGGGCGCGCUCACACUUGUUUACUCGAAGAAGAGCGCUCACAUGCCAGAAGAAGACGGACAGCUACGCAGCGUCUCUGAGCGAGAGAGAGCGAGAGAGAGGGAGAGAGGGAGAGAGAGAGAGCGAGACACUGUGUGUAUCAUCUUUCCUGUUGUUGUUGUGUGUUUUCCACCCGUGAUCGGACACUUAGAGCCAGUUCACUAACCGCAUGCUAACUGUUUGUGUCAUUGCUGUAAUAGCACCUAAUUAUCAUUUAUUUUCGUUGAUGCGAACCUGUAUGGUGUCGAGGACGAAAUUGAUUCUGCAAAUUAUACGGAUGUCCAGCAUCGUCAUUUGGGAGUUUAGCUCGCUGUAUAGCCAGGACAGAGCCGUAGUGUCCUGGUGAGGACAAUUUAUUCGCAUUUCGUUGUUCAUGCAUCAUGUAAAAUCAUACUGUACACUUAUUCAGCAUGUUGUUCUCUUAUUGUAUUUUUAUAUUAAAUUGCCUUUCAAGAUGACAUAUGUUCUAUGUGUUGGAUUUUAUCAAGUAAAUUUCCCCCAAAAAUGCGACCUAUACUCCAGUGCGACUUGUAUGUAUUUUUUUCCUCUUCGUUGGGCAUUUUAUGGCUGGUGCGAUUUAUACUCAGGUGCAAUUUGCAGUCCGAAAAAUACGGUACUCAGGUUUCUUGAAAUAAGAAAAAUAGCUAUCUGAAAAUAAUCUUAACACGCUUACCGUAUUUUAAGCAAAAGGUGAGUAUAUUUAAUCUUUUAUUAAAAGCUUUUUUUUGUCAGAAAUGUUCUUAAUUCAAGAAGUGAUAUUGUUCAAAACAUUAUUUGAAAGCAUUUUUCCACUUGAUUUUGGUGAAAAAUGACCAACCUUUAGAUGUAUCGGCUAAAUAAAAACAAAUGGUGAUAUUUACCUAAAGUAAAUUGAAUAAUUUGACCCAUUUAUCUGUUUGCAUUGAUCGUUUAGCCUAUCAAUUAAUUAGGUUCAUAUUGGUGAGAAAUGUAGCCCUGACCCCCGUUCACCUAAUCUGGUUUUAUUAAUGUUCUGCCCAGCAAAAAGUGUACAUGCAGAUUAUGCUGUUAUAUCGUCCCUACCAAUAUUGAGACCAAACCUACGCCCUUUUAAUGGACCUAUUUCAAGGAGGGGGAAAUUCUAAUUGCCUUUUAAAGAGUUUUACUACUUUCUGUGAGAUGGUGAAUAAUUUUUUUUGUUGUUGUUCGUGAACUACAUUUCCACACAAAAGCACCAUUUAUCUUAGCAAGGAGAGGUACGAGACUCAUUUUUCGAGCGUCCUAGAGCUUGCGAAACUUGAAAAAAAGCGCAUUUAUCAAAGUUUUGUCAGCCGUGAUUGCGUAUAUCCGUCUGCCGAAACAGCCUGAUAGCACAGAUUUAAGUACGCCUGCCCCUCUGCUAUUGAAUGCGUUGUUGACGUUAGCGUGGCAGCGCUCUGAAAAUAGGGCAAGGCUCGAUUAUGGGCCCCGCCUCUUGCCGCAAUUUCGUCCAAACAAGGCAGCCGGCAACCGCUUACUUUCGCCGAAAAGUCCGAUCCAAAAUACUGUAAUGCCCCCAGAUGGGGGGGAGAACGACAGGAGUCUGUAUUGGCUUACCAACUUUAUUGUGGCAACAAUAAUAAAAAAACAAAUAACAGCGGGCUUCCGCGACAUGCGGACACUAUCUCACCCAUUCUCCUUCUCUCUUCCCUCUACGUCACAGUUCCCUGUCCGAUCAUCUCUUAAGGGGCCUCGCAUAGUUACGGACAUUACAGUACACAAUGAAUAGCUUGCCACUGAACCCUUCACACGAGGCUCCCGCUAGUUUGAAACGGCCUUAAAAAAUGUGGCGGCUUUUAUUUUGGUGUGGUGGUGCGCCAGAAUAUUUAAUAUGUAGGGGAAACGCUGAGUCACUGAAGCCUAUGUGUGCUGGACACCGAGUUGCUGUCUGAAUCUAACUUAAUUUACUGUAAUUUAAAAAUGGAUAUUUGACUACUGGACACAUCUAAGACUUGAUGAGCUUGAGGUACACUACUGAGGUCUUGUCUGGAAAUUCUGAGAUUAACCUUUGUGGAUUUUUUUCCAGUGUCUUGCUCUUGUCAUCUGUUUUGUGUGAAGUGAGGUGUCUUGGCUCUGGUUCACUGUGCGGUGGAAUGGUCCAUGCUUUGUCUUUCUUGCUUUGCUCUAUUUUAAACUAUAGAAUAGAGAAAAAUCCUAUGUUAAUUUUACAAGGAUUUUGAAAUAUUGCCACAACCUGUGUUGCCUGGUUAGGUUUGAUUAUUUGUUGAAAUCAUGUAAUCCUCUUUUACAUGAUUUUCCAAAAUUGAGAGGUUGAGAAUAUAUAUUUGUGCCUUUUUGUUCAGCUGAUUGAAAACCAUGAGUUUUCCUCUUUCUUCUCUAAACAAAACACCCCCUUUCUUACAAGGGGCUGGGGAUCAAAAUACAAUUCCAAUUCCUAUGACGGUGGGACGUGCUCAACAUAAAUGAAAACAAUACAAUAAUUUGCAAAUCAUGAUCAAGCUAUAUUUAAUUGGGUACACAACAAAGACAAUUUAUGUAAUCUCAUGUUUACACUGCACCUCUUUUAACAGCACUCAAUAAAUGUUUGUGAACUGAGGACAAUAAUUGUUGAUACUUUUGUAGUUGAAAUUCUUUCCCAUUCUUGCUUGAUAUACAACUUUAGCUGUUCACCAGUCCGGCUGGAAUGCACAUGAUGGAGUUGUUGUCUUCCCCUUUAAAUGAAUUUACACCAAACUUCCCCUUUAAAUUAAUGAUACACCUGUCCUGUCUCAUAACAUUUUCGUUUAAAUAUUAUUCAAUUUAAUCAAAAUUGAAAAGCAAUAGUUGGUUAAAAUAUUGUUUAAAAAUGCUUAUGCUGUAUUGUAUUAAAUGGAUUUUUCACAAGAAUGUCUGGAAAAUGCCCCCUGAGUUGGAAGACGGUUUGCUUUAAGAAGUUGUUUAAGUCCACAAACGAUUAGAACUUUCUCUUUUCUUCUGAGUUUUGCUUCCGGACAUCUGCUUGUCACUACUUUACCACACCCAUUUCCUCAACCGUUGAAGUUGACACACUCCAGCGACUUUAUGACUCAAUUAACGUAAAAAAAAAAAAAAAAAAAUCAAUUUUAUUGUACCUUCUUAGUAAAUAAUAUACUAUAAUGGGAGGAGCUAGUUUUGUUUCCUUUCUUUGCGCACUCAAAAACAACAUGCAAUGAGCGGAGAUGACAAAAGAGAAAGUAAAGAUGUCCCUGAAUUCAGCUACAACAUGGUGCCUAAGGCUUCUAGCAGCUCUGUUCUUUGUUUCCUUUGUCAUAUACUUCUAUUCCUAUGACUUACUUCAGAGCUACACCGGCACCAGCAAGUCUGUCAACAGUAGCAAGUCUCUCUGCGGUGGUUGGCUGGCACAGAAGUGGGAGAGCCUCAACUUUCACAUUACGAGACGGACUCAGCUCUUUUUAAAACUUGAUGAUUUCUUCUGGCAAGAACAUAGGUCAACAUUGGUGUUACCUUACGGCACCAGAGGAAGUGAACAGCAGUUGCUCCAAGUUCUUGCAGUGACAGCAAAUUAUCAGAUGCCGGCCUCUAUAGAUAACCUUAAAUGCAGAACCUGUGUUGUCAUAGGCAACAGCUUUGCCAUAAAAAAUACAUCCUUAGGAGGCAUCAUUAACACAUAUGAUGUGGUUAUUCGAUUGAACGAUGCUCCAGUGAGGGGAUACGAGGAUGACGUUGGGAACAGGACAACCAUGAGGUUCUUCUACCCUGAGUCAGCCUCGUACAAUCCAGGCCUGAACAACGAGCCUGGCACACUAAUGGUCUUUGUGCCUUUUAAGAAUCAAGACCUAACCUGGCUCAAAGUGAUCCUCUACAAUGAAAAGAGGGUCAUGAAAGGCUUUUGGAAGCCCCCACCCCAAAUCUGGUUGGGUGAUUUCAGACAAAUCCGAGUGCUGGACCCGCACUUUUUGCACCAGACAGCAGAAAAGCUUCUCCGAAUCCCCAUAAAGUCCAAGAAUCAGGUACAUCCCACUACAGGAAUCCUUGCUGUUUUUGUGGCCCUCAACUACUGCGAUGUGGUCCACUUGGCUGGUUUUGGGUAUCCAAACUCCAAUAACAUCAAGAGCCCUAUUCAUUACUAUAGCAACGAUACUAUGAAAUCAAUGAAGCUACAGAACUCUUACCAUGACCUCAAUCAUGAAGCUGAAACCUUAAAAGGACUGGAGGAAUCGGGUGCCAUCUUCUACCUGCACCCACAUUCAUGAUCUGUUUGUUGUUAGCCAACGACGUUUAAUUCCUUCUUGCCACUUUUGUAGUUCUUCCGAACUACAGGCUAAACGAGACAUUUUGUAUCAGAUAUUUAUAGUUUUUACCAAACAUGUUCAAGUGCAAUUUUUAAUAACUUGACCCUAAUAACACUGGCCCAACAUAUUUUUUUUCUGUUGCAUGUUUUUUGUUUAAACUGAAUCGAUUCAAUUUGUAGCUGCUGAUUUCAAAUCUGACAUGAGAUUUUUAUCUGUAUGCUUUAGUUGUCAUGCAUUUCUUAUAUGGUAUUAUUAUUAUUGUUAUAUCAUGUAGCUACAUCUUUUCAGUCCUUUGCAUUGGUAUAUAUGUUUCUAAAUUGUUGUCGACAAUAACAUGUCAUGAUUGUCUGAUUUUCACUUACUGUAGCACUUUGGCAGCACUGCAGUAUGAUAAUAUGUCACAUUGACCGGAUUGAUCUUCUGUGUCUGAAGUUGUCUAAAACAUGGCACAGCAAGUAUUUUUGCUACAUUUUGUUUGUAUAAAACUUGGCAAUAAUUUUGCCAAAAAAAAAAGGCAAAAUGAUUGCCAUUUUUACAGAAUUAUAUUAAUAUUUUACAGAAAAUAGCUAAGGUCAGAUUUGGAUUCAGCACCCCAAACGUACAGAAGAAACAAAUGUUUGUAUCAAUAUAAAAAUUUUCUUGAUCAGUAUAAUUGCCUAAUAUUUGUAGAUCAUUCCACUUUUGUAAUGUCAAAUUCAUUCAGUUCUCCAAUUGGCAAUGUCUCCCACUUCUCCCAUAAUAAGUACACAAUCACAUCCGUAAAGUAUUCCUAUUCACAACACGUGAUUCAUGCAGCACUGGUCUUUUCUGGACUGGAAACAUGAAAGGUUUUAUUUAUUGAUUUUGCUUCAAAAGCAGUGUGAGUGAUAAUGGUUCCACUGGAUGUUGUUUGAUGUACAUAAUGAAAAAGUCUUAAUAAAAUAACAAGUCAGUUAUUAAAGUGGUACUUGUGUUUAAUAUCCAGUUAUGUUGCCUCUUUUGGGUGUAUACAUGAAAACCUCAACAUAAAUUGAAGUUUAUAUCACAUACACUGCUGGCCAAAAGUAUUGGCACACCUGCAAUACUGUCAGGUAAUGCUCAAUUUCUUCCAGAAAAUGAUUGCAAUUACAAAUGCUCU